AUGUACUCACAACGCCCACUUUCUUAUGCGCCAACCCCCUACAGCUACACACCAAAUCCCGCCCGCUCGGCGUCCAUCAACCUUGAUGAAGAAGUCAAACUGGCAUCUAGCUCGGUCGAACGCGAUCUAUACGAAUCACUAGCAGAAAUUUAUAGCAUAAUUGUCACUCUUGAUGGACUUGAGAAGGCAUACAUUAAGGACGUGGUUACUGAGGUGGAAUAUACCGAGACCUGCAUACGGCUUUUGAAGCAGUAUAAGUCCAGUCUUGGCGAUGAAACAGUAUCGCGAGAGUUUGUGGACCUGGAAACCUUCAAGCGGACAUGGGGGUUAGAAUGCCCACGAGCCACAGAGAGAUUGCGCAUUGGUCUUCCUGCAACAGUUGAGCAAGCUUCCCACGGUGCACCAACCCCUAGUAUAGGCACAGCGGCGACAGGGCCGGUUGGCGGUGCCUCGGGCAGUCUGAUUUUGGCGGCAACGGAGAACUUCAUCACCUUCCUCGAUGCAUUGAAACUCAACAUGGUAUCAAAGGAUGCAUUACAUCCGCUAUUGUCGGAGGUGAUCCAGUCUGUGAACAAAGUGACAGAUAGCGAUUUCGAAGACCGCGGCAAGAUCAUUCAGUGGUUGAUCGCAUUGAACCAGAUGCGAGCCACCGAAGAAUUGAGUGAGGAUCAAGCGCGUGAGCUUGCAUUCGAUAUCGAACAGGCUUAUCAAGGCUUCAAAGCGACAUUGAAUUGA